CGGGUAAGCACAAUUUAUGUCAGUCAUGGAUCCCUUGAAGUGCACCCGGAGAACAGCGACUGAGGGCAGGGACUCGGGUAACUCUCUUGUGGCCACAGAGACCCAGCGUGGAGCCUGGAGCAGGGACCAGAAGGACCAGAAACUCCUAUUCAAGUGAUUCUCAGGGUGCGUCCCAUGAGCACUGCAGAGCUGCGUAGAGGGGAGCAGAGUGCACUGCACUGCUCAGGAACCCGGACUCUGCAAGUGAGCCCCCCGGGUGGAGGACCCGACGUGGCGUUCCGCUUUGGCGCUGUACUGGACGGGGCAUGCACACAGGAGGAUGUGUUCAGGGCAUGCGGCAUGAAGCGCCUGGGAGAGCUAGCGCUGCGUGGCUUCUCCUGCACGGUCUUCACUUUUGGCCAGACUGGCUCCGGGAAGACUUACACUCUGACAGGACCUCCUCCUCAGGGGGAAGGGGUGCCUGUGCCCCCCAGCCUGGCUGGCAUCAUGCAGAGGACCUUCACCUGGCUCUUAGACCGCGUGCAGCACCUGGGUACACCUGUCACCCUCCAAGCCUCCUACCUGGAGAUCUACAAUGAGCAGGUUCUGGACUUGCUGAGCCUGGGCUCUCCGAGGCCUCUGCCUGUUAGGUGGAGCAAGGCACGAGGCUUCUAUGUGGAGCAGCUUCGGGUGGUGGAGUUUGGCACUCUACGGACCCUGAUGGAGCUCCUGCAGAUGGGUCUCAGCCGUCGCCGGAGCUCCUCACAUACCUUGAACCAGGCAUCCAGCAGAAGCCACGCCUUGCUCACACUCUAUGUCAGCCGCCCAACUCAGGUACCCUCUGUAGACCCCGGGGAGCCCCCUGUUGGAGGAAAGCUGUGCUUCGUGGACCUGGCAGGCAGUGAAAAGGUGGCAGCCACGGGAUCCCGGGGGCAGCUGAUGCUUGAGGCCAAUAGUAUUAACCGCAGCCUACUGUCACUGGGCCACUGCAUCUCCCUGCUGUUGGACCCACAGAGGAAGCACAGCCAUAUUCCCUUCCGGGACAGCAAGCUCACCAAGUUGUUGGCAGACUCACUUGGGGGUCAUGGGGUCACGCUCAUGGUUGCCUGCGUGUCCCCUUCAGCUCAGUGCCUUCCUGAGACUCUCAGCACUCUGCGAUAUGCAAGUCGAGCUCAGAGGGUCACCACCCGGCCGCAGGGUCCCAAGUCCCCUGGAGCAAAGCCACCCCAGCAGGUAGAGGCUGAGCUUCUGCAGCUUCAAGAGGAGAAUCGUCACCUACAGCUUCAGCUGGAUCAAGUGCACACCAAGGCACAAGGUGCCCAUGGGGCCCGGGAGGCCUGGGCCCAGCGGAACCUCUAUGGGAUGCUGCAGGAGUUUAUGCUGGAGAAUGAGAGGCUCAGGAAGGAAGUGAGACAGCUACGGAGUAGCAGGGACCUGGCCCAGGCUGAGCAGCAUGUCCUGGCCCAGCAGGUCCAUAGACUGGAGAGGCACCUCCUUUCUGCAUGCUCCCUUCCCCAGCAGGCCUCUGCCCCCAUGUGUCCCUGCUCAACGGUUCCGUCUGCCUCCUGCCAUGCACUGCCACCCCUCUGCUCCUGCUAUCACCUCUGUCCUUUGUGCCGAGUAUCCCUGGUCCACUGGGCUUGCCCACGGAGAGAGUGCCAUGUGCCACAGCAGGGGCUAGAGCCCGAGGCACCAGGUCACGUAUCUCUGUCUGCACGGCCUCCACCUUGGGCACCUUCACCAAUCCCAGGCUCUGCCAAGCCCCCACGAGAGAGGAGCCAUAGUGACUGGACCCAGACUCAAGUCCUGGCAGAGAUGCUGACAGGAGAGGAGACAGUACCCUCUGCACCGCCCUUGCCCUCGGGGUCCUCGAACAUGUCACCCAUGCUAAGAGGAGGAUCUGAGAUCCCGAACCUGGCCCAGAGGCUGGAGGCUCUGACAAACCAGAUGGGCAGCUCCCUGAACCUUGGCCAGAGGCAACCACACCCCAGUGAGGACACAAAGAGCCCUGGCCAAGCCCUCGCUCCUCAUUAAAGACUGCCAGAAUGGCUCUGCCCACUAGGCCUCCAUCUCUGCAUCUGUGAAUGAAAAAGAAAUGUUGCUGGGCAGAGUUAGGGAAUCCUGAGGGGUUACAGGGACUC